CAACAUUUAUCCAUGAAAUUUUCAGGAUACAGUAUUAAUGUAAAUUAAUGAUGGAAGAAUUUGAAGAUGAUGAUGAUGACCUUUUGACCUCAAUUUGUUUGGAGGAUCCAGUCCAAGAACAGAAGGAAGACACAUUUGUACCAGAAUCCUUUCCCUUUCCAUUUGAAGCCUAUGAUAUCCAGACUGGUUUUAUGAAAGAUUUAUAUAAAUGCCUCAAUAAUGGCAAAAUAGGCAUUUUUGAAAGUCCAACAGGAACGGGAAAGUCAUUAAGUUUAAUCUGUGGUGCAUUAAAAUGGUUGAAAGAUUAUCGUGAAAAACAACAACAAGAGCUAGAAGAACUGACUGUCUCUGAGGGUAGUAAAGGGAAUUCACAAGUAUCUAAUG